UUUCAAUUGAACACACUAUUAUUAGCUAUUUAAAGCAAAACAAAGAACUGAUCAAUGUCUUUUUUUAAUUAGUCCUCAUCAACGGAUGUUUUUUAGAAUAGAUAACUUAAUUAUUAAUAAAACUGAGGACCAGAUACAAAUUCGCCAUAACAAAAGGCUCCAAAGGGUGAGACUCAGAGCUGGAUUCAUGCUUACAAGCGGACUGUCUUGCUAACCCCGCAAUGUGGUAGGCUCCAUACAUAACAAUGUUGUCCCUGCUACUAAAAGGGGAAUGAAAACACAAAACAGAGUUCUGAACUGAUGAAAAAACAGAAAUAUAAUAUAAUCCAAUUUGGCCAGCCACUGGCUGGCAAGGAAGUAGCAGUUUGACCAGCCCCCGCUAAAGGAACAAUCGUCGAGACCUCGCAUUUUCCAGCUAAUGGCGGUGCUGUCCGGGCAGCACCGCCACUUCCAAGUUUUUUGAGAACGCGUCAUCGACAUCCAUGCUCUCCUAUGUCCCCACCUCUCUGUCUGUCUUAGUGACCCUACGCUUUCUGGGCGCAUCACUAGAUUUAGCAAUCUCCUUCCCCUUUGACAAGAGUCUCUCCACCAAGUAGCUUUCCCGUUCCCUUGUUUCUCUAUCAGUCUCCACUAGUUUUCCUUGCCUAUAACCUUGUUUAUUAUUGCUAGGAACAAGCCAUCUGUUCCCCAGGUGCAUUCCUCCCCGCCGCAUAUCAACCCUCAGCCAUGGCCCAUACAGGUUUUCUCCAAUUCCCAACCCGCUAUGUGGAUUGGAUGGACAAAAACGGUCAGUGUGGCCUAGGAUCCCCCACAGAAAACAAAAGUUCGGGAGUCUUUCAUAUUUAAAAUUUGCCCAAAUCUAGUCAUCCUCCUCAUGUCUAACCUGUUGGCGUCGGACUAAAGCCAUGGUAACGUUCAAACUGACCCUUAUACGCAUAACCAGCCUUUGCUUGCCACCAGAAGAGCUCUCAUCCAAUUGCACAAAUGAGCCUAACAAGAAUUUGGAAUCCUCAAUUUCAUCAAUCGAGACCCCUUUCACUGGUCGCCAAACCAUAGUCAUAGUUUGGCACAAAGAAACAGCACGAACAGGUUUAUCAGACACGACUUUGGCCACCACCGCUAGAUUGAAACCUUCUGGAAUUUCACCCCGUUCUCAAUCGGGUCAGCCACAAUCACUAGCCCCCUGUUUUCUUCCUUUGAUAACAUAUUCACGUUCUUCGAAAUCAUACCCAUUUCAACCCAAAUCGGAAAUCACCGAUGCAAACAAAUCGGAGAUAAAACGAAACACAAACGAAACCUCCCAACAAAUAACUACACACGAACAACCAAAUAGAACAAAAUCAUAGCAAACUCUCGACCAAAUCAAGCCGGACAGAACCAUAGAACAAACGCCCGGAAAAAGAAAAGUUUGGACGAAAUCGCCAAUUAAAAACUAUCAAACCUGCCAUAAGGCUUCCCGCAACCCAUGUGGUGAAAACCCCAAAUUUAUAGUAUUCACCCCCAAAUGAAGUGCAACCCAAGCAAAAAAUUGUAUAUGAGGAAGCCAUCGUGUGUAUAGGAAACCUUGGGGAGGGAUAGCUAAGACCUUCAUUCACUCUUAUUCUU